AUGACUUUGCGUUCUUUUGCGCCGGAAAACAAGGAAUGCAACUACUUACGUCGACUCGGACUCGGGGGAUCUCUGGAAUUAGACAUUUAUGUCAAAUACCUUGCUCGACUCGGCGUUAUUGAGACGCCACACAUCCAUCGCUCCCUGUUCCGCAGGUCUCUUAUUUUUGCGAAAAUUUACGGUCAUGCGCUUCUAUAUCCCCAAGUGGACUGGAUGGGUCGCAAGAAGAGCUGUUUGGUUCGCCACAACGAAGCAAACAGUGCUGCAGCCUACUUUGCUAGUACUGCUAUCGAGAAUCUGCCUCGUACCAUUACGCAUAGAACCCUAGGAAGAAAUGACGCAACUGGGGUAGACGCCACGGAACCCAGAAUCUCUCUUUUGAACUACAUUCUAUCCAGCAGCACGGGCUUGUCAGCGCAGAGGGCUUCCAAUGGACCUCUUGACGCACUUGUCCUCACACUCAUCGAGACAUGA